UGAAAGCUUUCUCUCAUUGGAGUCAGAUUCUGGCCACCUUGUUAAAACACUAACCAAAAUCUAGUCAAAGUCGCAAACCUAAUUAUUCUUUUUGCUUUCAGUAUUUUCUUAACUCUGGAAGACACCCUCUAUUUAUCCAGUCCAUGAGAUGUGCCCUGUAUUCUGGCUGUGCUUGUCCAGGGGCAGCUGGAAAUGUUGUAUCACAGUCAGAAGAGAGAUCAGGGCCAAAGGGAUAACUCUGGAAUUCACUAUAUUGAAAUCUGGAAGUUAAGCACCACACUAUGAUGCAAUCCAAAGCCUCUGCAGCACGAGUUCGAUCCCGGCCGGCUAGGAAGAAACCCACAUGGCACAGCAGACCUCUCCUGCCUCCUGCCUUACGGUGCACAGGGAGUGCUAACAUGUGGAGGAGACAGAACCAGAAACUGAGCAAACUAAGACUCCCAGAAGGAGCUGAAAGAUAGGUGUUGGGUGGAGCCUGGGACUGCCUGAAGUGAGAGAAACCAGAGUGCAGGAAUCAAAUCAGAAAGGCCAGGAAGUGACCUGAAGGAAGAUCCGCCUCUGCCAGCGGCGCACAAUGAUGACGCAAUUAGCGCGCCAUUUUUCGAGGCUCCUGAGCCCGGGACAACUGCUUGCACGAGGGGACACCCACAGAGAUGUCCUCAGUCCUUCACUUCUAUGUCCGUCCUUCUGGCCAUGAGGGGGCAGCCUCUGGAUGCACUCGAAGAAAGCUGCAAGGAAAACUGCCAGAGCUCCGGGGUGUCAAGACUGAGCUGUGCUACAAUGUGAACUGGACAGCUAAGUCCCUCCCAAGCACUGAGGAAAUGAAGAAGCUGACGUGGCUGUUUGGCUGCCCCUUAUUCCAAGAUGAUGUUGCUCAGAAGUCCUGGCUCCUUCCUGGUUCCAGUGACCUACUGUUGGAGGUUGGGCCCAGGCUGAACUUCUCCACCCCAACAUCCACAAACAUCGUGUCAGUGUGCUGUUCUGCUGGGCUGGGGGCUGUGGAUCGAGUGGAGAUUACCCGGCGCUACCUGCUCUCGUUUGCUCAUCCCCCUUCAUCUGAGAUGGAAGCCAUUGCUCUGGCUACCCUGCAUGACCGGAUGACUGAGCAGCACUUUCCCAAUCCCAUCCAGAGCUUCUCUCUUGGUAGCAUGCCAACACCCCUUAACAGCCACAUCAACAUACUGGCUGAGGGCCGGCUAGCCUUGGAGAAAGCCAACCAGGAGCUGGGUUUGGCCCUAGACUCCUGGGACUUGGAUUUCUAUACCAAGCGCUUCCAGGAACUGCAGCGAAACCCCAGCACCGUGGAAGCCUUUGACUUGGCACAGUCCAAUAGUGAGCACAGCCGACACUGGUUCUUCAAGGGCCGACUCCACGUGGAUGGGCAGGAGCUGGCACACUCACUGUUUGAAACCAUCAUGAGUACCCAGGCAUCCUCCAACCCCAACAACAUCCUCAAGUUCUGUGAUAACAGCAGUGCAAUCCAGGGGAAGAAAGUUCAAUUCCUACGGCCUGAGAACCCUACACGGCCAAGCUGCUUCCGGCAACAGCAGGGGCUGAGACAUGUUGUCUUCACAGCAGAAACCCACAACUUCCCUACAGGUGUAGCCCCCUUCAGCGGUGCGACCACUGGCACUGGGGGUCGGAUCCGAGAUGUCCAGAGUACAGGCCGUGGAGCCCACGUAGUAGCUGGCACUGCUGGCUAUUGCUUUGGAAAUCUGCACAUCCCAGGCUACAGUUUGCCCUGGGAGAACCCAAGCUUUCAGUAUCCUGGGAACUUUGCCAAGCCCCUGGAGGUUGCCAUUGAGGCCAGUAAUGGAGCUUCUGACUAUGGCAACAAGUUUGGGGAACCAGUCCUGGCUGGUUUUGCCCGCUCCUUAGGCCUCCAGCUCCCAGAUGGCCAGCGGCGUGAGUGGAUCAAGCCCAUCAUGUUUAGUGGGGGUAUUGGGUCCAUGGAAGCUGAACAUGUGAGCAAGGAGCUCCCAGAGCCAGGCAUGGAUGUUGUAAAGGUUGGGGGUCCUGUCUACAGGAUUGGAGUUGGUGGUGGAGCUGCUUCAUCUGUGCAGGUGCAAGGAGAUAAUGCUAGUGAUUUGGACUUUGGGGCUGUACAGCGGGGAGACCCAGAGAUGGAACAGAAGAUGAACCGUGUGAUCCGGGCUUGUGUAGAAUCCCCUAAAGAAAACCCCAUCUGCAGUCUUCAUGACCAGGGUGCUGGUGGCAAUGGCAAUGUCCUGAAAGAAUUGAGUGACCCAGCUGGGGCCAUCAUUUACACCAGCCGCUUCCAGCUUGGAGACCCAACUCUGAAUGCCCUGGAAAUAUGGGGGGCUGAAUACCAGGAGUCAAAUGCACUUCUGCUGAGGCCCCUCAACCGGGACUUCCUGAAUCGUGUUAGUGCCCGGGAACGCUGCCCAGUUUGCUUUGUGGGCAACAUCACUGGAGAUAAGAGAAUAGUGUUGGUGGAUGAUCGGGAGUGCCCUGUGGGAAGAAAUGGCCAAGGCGAUGCCCCCUCAGGGCCUCCCCCAACCCCUGUGGACCUGGAGCUGGAUUGGGUGCUGGGCAAGAUGCCUCAGAAGGAGUUUUUCCUCCAGAGGAAUCCUCCUAUGCUGCAGCCUCUGACCUUGCCCCCUGGACUGAGCACGCGCCAAGCUCUAGAGCGGGUUCUGAGGCUACCUGCUGUGGCUAGCAAACGCUACCUCACCAACAAGGUGGACCGCUCCGUGGGUGGCCUGGUGGCACAGCAGCAGUGUGUGGGGCCCCUACAAACCCCUCUGGCAGAUGUGGCAGUUGUGGCACUGAGUCAUCAGGAGCUCGUUGGGGCUGCCACUGCCCUAGGAGAGCAGCCAGUCAAGAGCCUACUGGACCCCAAGGUUGCCGCCCGGCUGGCUGUGGCUGAAGCUCUCACCAACCUGGUGUUUGCCCUCAUCACUGAUCUCCGAGAUGUGAAGUGCAGUGGGAACUGGAUGUGGGCAGCUAAGCUCCCAGGGGAGGGCGCGGCUCUGGCUGAUGCCUGUGAGGCUAUGGUGGCAGUGAUGGAAGCCCUAGGUGUGGCGGUGGAUGGUGGCAAGGACUCCCUCAGCAUGGCUGCCCGGGUUGGCUCUGAGACCGUGCAGGCUCCUGGGUCACUGGUUAUCUCAGCCUAUGCUGUCUGUCCAGACAUUACAGCCACUGUGACCCCAGACCUCAAGCGUCCUAGAGGGAGAGGCCACCUGCUCUACGUGCCUCUGAGCCCUGGACAGCACCGACUGGGAGGCACGGCUCUCGCCCAGUGCUUCUCUCAGCUUGGUGACCAGCCUCCUGAUCUGGACCUUCCUGAGAACUUGGUGCAUGCCUUCAGCAUCACACAGGGGCUACUGAGAGACCGCCUUCUUUGUUCAGGCCAUGAUGUCAGUGAUGGGGGUCUUAUUACCUGCCUGCUAGAGAUGGCCUUUGCUGGGAAUUGUGGGAUAGAGGUGGACGUGCCUGCUCCUGGGGUCGAUGUACUGCCUGUGCUGUUUGCUGAGGAGCCGGGUCUGGUGCUGGAGGUACAAGAGCCAGAUCUGACCCAAGUGCUGAAACGUUACUGGGAUGCUGGCCUCCACUGCCUGGAACUGGGCUGCACGGGUGACGCUGGGCCCCAUGCUAUGGUCCAAGUAUCAGUGAAUGGGUCUAAGGUUCUGGAGGAAUCUGUUGGUCAGCUGCGAGCCCUCUGGGAGGACACAAGUUUCCAGCUGGACCGGCUGCAGGCAGAACCAUUCUGUGUGGCAGAAGAAGAACGGGGACUGAGGGAGCGGAUUGGGCCUAGCUACUACCUGCCAGCCACCUUUCCCAAAGCUUCUGUGCCCCAUGAGCCUGGUGGCCCCACCCCCCGAGUUGCCAUAUUGCGAGAAGAGGGCAGUAAUGGAGACCGGGAGAUGGCUGAUGCAUUCCACAUGGCUGGGUUUGAGGUGUGGGAUGUGACCAUGCAGGAUCUCUGCUGUGGGGCAAUUGGGCUGGACACAUUUUGUGGUGUGGCCUUCGUGGGUGGCUUCAGCUAUGCAGAUGUCCUGGGCUCUGCCAAAGGAUGGGCAGCUGCUGUGACCUUUCAUCCACGGGCCGGGGCUGAGCUGAGGCGCUUCCAGAAGCGACCAGACACCUUCAGCUUGGGCGUGUGUAAUGGCUGUCAACUGCUGGCUUUGCUGGGCUGGGUGGGAGGUGACCCCAAUGAGGAAACAAGGGAAAUGGACCAUGGCCCCUGGCCAACCCAGCCUGGCCUUCUGCUGCGCCACAACCUGUCUGGGCGUUUUGAGUCUCGCUGGACCAGCGUGCGUGUGGGGCCUGGACCAGCCCUGAUGCUACGAGGAAUGGAGGGUGCCGUGCUGCCUGUGUGGAGUGCUCAUGGGGAAGGUUACAUGGCAUUUUCUUCUCCAGAACUCCAAGCCCAGCUUGAGGCCAAGGGCUUGGCCCCACUGCACUGGGCAGAUGAUGACGGGAACCCCACAGAACAGUACCCCCUGAAUCCCAAUGGUUCCCCAGGGGGUGUGGCUGGUGUCUGUUCCCUUGACGGUCGCCACCUGGCUCUCAUGCCUCACCCUGAGCGGGCUGUGAGGCCUUGGCAGUGGGCGUGGCGGCCCCCUCCAUUUGACACUCUGACCACCUCCCCCUGGCUUCAGCUCUUCAUCAAUGCUCGAAACUGGACCCUGGAAGGAGGCUGCUGAGCAGGCUAGGGAGACUCAUCUAGGCCUCUUGGUUUGUGCCAGGGGAUAUCUGCUGUCCUCUCCUUUAUCUUCAGAGGUACCCCCUAUUAUUUCCAAAUGUAUCUUGGACAAACAAGGACAAAAAUGCCCCAAAAAGGACUCAUCUAAUUUUAUUAAUCUUUCCAUUCUUUGCCUUAAGCUGUGGGAUCUGUUUCUAGUUCUGUUCUAACAUGUUUUGGCCUUCAUGAGCCCAAGAAAUAGCAGGUGAUCCUGAGAAAAGAGCCUGCAGGGGUGAGUUGGGCUGUGUGGGGAGGGGCUCCCAUUGCUCCACUUCACUCAACCAUGUCGUGCCUGCGUCACACAUCUGGGCUUGGAGGAAUGUUUUCAAUGAAGCCUUCCUUCCUGAUCAUUGGAGUUCAGGGGUUAGGACUUCGGCAUUCUCUUCUGGAAAACAGAAGUUUCAUGGACUCUUUUUAAAAUAUAGCCUAUGCUAAGCAAUUGUUUGCGGAAGUUUCUCUGAUGGAGUUUUUGGCUGUCUUGGUGCUGGCUUCUAAACUCAAUAGUUCUGACUUUUUUUCCCUCCUAAUUUAGCAGCUCCCUUCCUGAUAGAAGUGGUUCAGCGCCCUCAACUAAGGCUUCACUCAUUCAUUCCAGUAAUGUUUGGUGAUUAGCUAUAGUGUCAACCACUGUCACUGCCCAGGGGGUUAUGGUCUAGUAGAAUUUAUAGUAAUAGUUGUAUGUGGCACCUAAUGCAAGCCAAGCACAUGCCAGUCAGUUUAUAUGUGUCUAUAAAUUAAUUCAAGAGAAUUCAGCAACGUACUUGAUAGUUUUGUUUUUUAUAAGAAAGAAUUAAGGUUAAAUAAAUGGUCUAGGGUCACCCAGCUUGUAAAGGCAGAGCCAGGAAGCUGUGUUCUCAUGCUUCAUCUGCUCCUCACCAUCCUGUGAUCACAUUUCCUGGAAGCAGCAGAAGAGUUCUUACAGCUGGACCAUUGUUCUUUCAGUCACAGGAGUGUGUAUAGAAGACACUUCCUAGGCCUCCCUGGUGGCUCAGGGGGUUAAACACCUCACUCUGAAGCAAUCCACAGCCUCUACAGCAUGAGUUCGAUCCCUGGGGCGGCCAGGGAGAAACCCACAUGGCGAGGCAGACCUCUCCUGUCUUGCCCGCUGCUCCCCUCAGCAGUGUGUUUAGGUCAGUCUGCCUGUUCUGUUCCCCACUCUGUCUCUUGUGAGUUCUCUCACCCCCCACACCUCUGGCCUAUACCCCAGUUCUUGUAUGCAUAAAUAAA